ACAACUCUAGGAUCGAUAGAGCGGAGUGCGCAAGCCCGUUUCACAGUCACAGCUGUGGCUUCGCGUCCGCUAUUAAAACGAAUCUACCUGAGUCCCAGUGCUUAUAGUGAACGAUAUUAGUGCCCUGCUGUUCCACGGAUAUGCUUUGGACUCAUUGGCGGCUCUAAACGAUGUGAUGUGCCGCCUGUCGCGGCGGCAGGCUCUGUGGGCGCUGGCGCUGCUGUGCGCGCUGGCGCCCUCGCACGCCGAUGGUAACAUAGGUUGCUUAUUCAGCGCGUCGUUAUGCGUGGAAGGAGUGGAAUGGUGUUACGACGAUUUCGCUUUCGGGAAGUGUAUUUUGAUCUACGACGAAGAACCAGAAGAUGGGUCCCUGUACAAGUACGAUAUGAGUACGGAACAGUUGCAAUGGUUUGAAGACGAGUUGCAGCGGCUGGCGUCGCGCGGGUACCGCUGGGAGCAUGCGUACACGCAGUGCGAACUGCAAGCCAUGCUGUACACACUGCGACAAGGCUUGGAUCCAGCCGAGGUGAACAAUAAAAUCUGUGACCAAUUUGCUGACCCCAAACUUAGUUCGGAUUCCCUCGAAGAUGAGAAUACAGAGAUUGAACCGGAUGAAACAGCGUUUGUAAGGUUCACCCCAAAUUCAGCUAAAGUUGAUACGGAUUUUGCUAAUGAAGUUUAUAGUCCACCUUACUCGCCCGAUGACGAUCCUACGCCCUAUAUAAUACCAAAGGAUUUAAUCAACAAUGACGAAGAAACGCCAAGCGACAAAUUACGUGAUUUGAUGAUGAUGAGCGCUGAUGAAGAUUCACCUGUAGUUUUACCAUUUGAGGGAUUCAGAGAAAGAAUAAAAGCUGAAAACGCUAGAGCUCACAAUAAUGACGAUGCUAGUGUUAUAAUAGACAAAGAGAAGAAAUCCCUACCCGAUGAUAACCAAGUCCCACUUGAUCCGAAUAUUUACCCAGAUGUUGAUGGUUUAGGCGUGCGUUUUCGUAAAUUUAAAACUAAACCUCCGCCUUAUACAGCAGCGUAUCUUACGGGUAAUCGAUAUUCUCCAUUGGAUGCUGAAGUACGUUCAAAUGCUUUAGAGAAAUACAAACAAAGUUUUGCGGAGAAAAACUUCCCGUUUGAGUACGAGGACAGCGACAUACCAGAACCAAGGAUUUAUUUUAAUGAAGAUGGUUUGGAUGAGAUGCCAUUUGAUGCUGGUAGUGGAGAACAUGAUCCAUAUCAUGUUCAAGAUAACAACAACAUGAAUAGUAUGCCACCAAAACCAUCAAAAAAUAUGCAGUAUCUCAUGAACUAUUGGCGGGAAAUAGUGAAUUCUAAAUUAAAACCACAAGGUGCCCUAUACGCGGAGGGAGGUCCGAUGAAAGCUGAUGAGUUACAAGGCGAGUCAGGUGAAAAUUCAAAUUUUUAUUCCGAGGAUAUUCAAGAUUUACUAACUAAUGAGUGGGGAUUUAUGCGUAGGGAAAGAGACGAUGUUAAAAAGCCCGGGCCGCGCCUGGAUGCUAAAACAUUAAAGAUUUUAUACCACAAUAAAUCAGUGACAGCUCAUGGAUCUCCAGAAGCACAAAAAUCGGGCCAUAAUGGAGGUCAUGACCAUAAUGAUUACGACUACGAUCCUUCCUACGCUUACGUCCUAUUCAAAAACAGGUUCCUUACUAACUGGGAGAAAGGCAUAUCGUUCAUAACGAGACUCGAAGAAAUGCUUGGAUUAGAAAAGAAUACUUUCACGAACCCUCGCGUUGACCCUGGUGAAGUGACUUUCAAAGUAGAAAAAAAUAGCAAAGGCUAUGAUGCAGUUGAUGUCGCUAGACGAGUUGAUGUCAUCAAAGAAGACUUGCGACGUGAAACUGGUGCGCAAGUUUUGUCGACCGGUGUCGGAGACCGGAGUAAACGCCCAGUUAUACGCCACAUGGGGGUUUCCGAGAACCUUUUCUACGGCAUGGAACUGCCAGUGCUGCUGGCGCUUGUGGGCAGCCUCACCGUGCUGAUCGUGGGCGGUGUGGUCUUUGCCGUGCUAGUCAAGAGAGACAUGAGCUCCAAGAGGAAGAUGCAGGGGCUCUCGUCAGCUGCCGACAUUGAUACAGAGGCUACGAGGGAUUACCAGGAGUUAUGUCGAGCCCGCAUGUCGGGCAAAUGGUCGGGACAGCAGACGACGGCCGCUCCCCCGCACCCCGCCGACCCCCCGCAGCGGAUCACCUCCCUGUCACGCGAGCCUGACGCCAACUCGCCCUCCACUCGCUCCAGCACUUCUUCAUGGAGUGAGGAACCAGCGCUAACUAACAUGGAUAUUUCUACUGGACACAUGGUUUUGGCUUACAUGGAAGACCACCUUCGCAAUAAGGACCGCCUGGAGCAGGAAUGGCGGGCCCUGUGCGCUUACGAGGCGGAGCCCUGCGCCACCGCGGCCGCACUGAAGGCAGAGAACGCCGCGAAGAACCGGUACGCCGACGUGCUGCCCUACGACCACUCCAGGGUUACUCUGAACACGCUGUCCAACCAUCUCUGCUCUGAUUACAUCAACGCUUCGACUAUUACGGACCACGAUCCUCGGAACCCCGCGUACAUAGCAGCCGCCGGACCGCUUGCCCACACGGCACCUGAUUUCUGGCAGAUGGUCUGGGAACAAGGCAGCGUGGUCAUGGUCAUGCUAACUCGACUCACAGAAAACGGACAGCAACUGUGCCACCGCUACUGGCCUGAGGAGGGAUCGGAGCUCUACCAUAUCUACGAGGUCCACCUGGUAAGCGAGCACAUCUGGUGCGAUGACUACCUGGUCCGCAGCUUCUACCUGAAGAACCAGCGCACCGGCGAGACCCGCACUGUGACCCAGUUCCACUUCCUCUCGUGGCCUGAAAACGGAGUGCCGGCCUCCACGAAGGCAUUGCUUGAGUUCAGAAGGAAAGUGAACAAAUCCUACAGGGGGCGAUCAUGCCCGAUUGUCGUUCAUUGCAGCGAUGGAGCAGGGCGAACUGGAACUUAUUGCCUAAUUGACAUGGUCCUAAACCGCAUGGCUAAAGGCGCCAAGGAGAUCGACAUCGCGGCCACGCUGGAGCAUAUCAGGGACCAGCGCCCGCGCACCGUCGCCACAAAACAACAGUUCGAGUUCGUCUUGAUGGCCGUCGCUGAAGAGGUUCAUGCAAUACUGAAAGCUUUGCCUGCACACCUGCAACAACUCCAAGAGAAGAAGGACAAAGAGAAAGAGAAGGAAAAGGAGAAAGAAAAAGACGGCAACGACAAGGAGAAACCGAACAACUAAUAGACCGCUUGCGCUGACUUGACAACGGAAUUUUUGGUUAACCGACUUGCAAAUAGGUGUUAUGUGUCACUUAAGAUGAACUUGAUUGAGAAUUUCGCUUACUUACUUUGUCUUCUUUGUCCAUUAAAAUAAAAAAUAAAAAUUUGUUGAUCUUCCUUAUGUUUAAAAUCAACUUUUAUUAGCAGAUAUAAAAAUAAAUACUUAUAUUUGUCAACUGCUGUAAAAACUCGAAGUUAAAAAGAUUAAAUAAAAAAAAACCCAUGAGGUUUAAAUUACAGAAACAACAUAGGACAAUACACCUACGACAAAAAAUGGACGUCUGCGUAGGUAACGCAGACGUCCAUUUUUUGCCCUGUGUAUAUUCUUUCGGACGACGUAGUGAUUGCCCGUAGGCUACAAGAUACACUUAUAGUACCUAACGUUUCGUAUCUAGCGAAAUUUAUUUUUUUUCCUUUGGCUUCGUAGGCUGCUACAUAGAUACUACGCCGGCUGUUGAAUAGAAUGGUACUCCUGAGUUACUUUUGAACUUUUAUAUUUCAUUUAAUUACGUGCGAGAUUCUCAACCUUGAUCAUCUUGGUGAUUGUAAUUUGAAGCUUCGCUGUGGUAUUUAAAUUUCUUAAAGCAUAAAUGUAUUUAUUAAUUGUGGGGGUAGUGUUAUAAAUAAUCUAGUCGGAAUAGAUUGUUUUGCGGACCUUUUAAAAAAACUGCCUUUACAUUUCUAGCACAGUUUAUUAAUUCGUUCAUAAACGAGGUAUGAAAGGAAUUAACAAAAGUCAGUCAUCGUUUCUCAAUUAACCCUUAGUUAAUUUCAAAACGAUUGUUAUUUAAAAAGAGAGAAGGUAGAUGUUUUCUUAGAUCUAAAUAAAUUAAACGCUACAUUACUGGUUGCCGCAAAACUGGGCAUUUAUUUUUCUAAAAGGCUUUUUAUCUGCAGAUUUCAUAUUUUCAUAAAAAAGAUAUCAAUGUAAAACUUUGUUUAUAAAGAAUGGACACAAAUUGAUAUAUAUAAUGCUUUAUUAGCCUACUACUUAGAUGUCAGAGAGAAUAUCAUCGUCAAUUGUAAGGGUGUCUAGAUUUUGAUUUUUUUAUUUAAUUUUAUUCAUGCUGCCUAAAGUCUUUGAAUAAUAAGAACAUAUUCAUUUAUUUAAUCGUGUUAUUUGAUAAUCAUAAAUGUUGCUAUAUAUGUAUGGAAAAAAAUACGAAAAUGUUAAUGUAUUGUUAAAGCAACUUAAAAUCCAAGUACUUACUUAAAAUUUAGACCAACACAUACAUAAUACUAAAUACAUAGGUAUACCCUUUUGGGGAAGUUAUCGUCGACGAAUGUUAAAAAACGUUCCCGACAGUUAUUAUAUCGUUAUCGGGCAUAUAAUGCACGUCACAGUGAAUAAAUCUAGUCACAAGAUUAUUUUAUUGUUGCUAAAAGUGUUACUGCUUUGAAACCUAUUUAUUUACUUUAUACCUACCUAUUAUAAUUGUGAAUAAAUUUCAUAUAACUUAUAUUUUUUGCAUAUACAUAAAAUAUAGGUAUCUAAUUAUUUACAUAUAUAAUGUUAUGCGUACUUUAAUCUUAGAUACUUAGACAAACGACUUUGCCGAAUCAUAUCCUAAAUGAACGGAAUACCUGAGACGAAAAAUCACCUUUUACAUUCUUCUGAGAACAAGAUAUUUACAGAAAGUAGUCGACACAAAUAGUAUAAAAUAUACGUAUAUAUACGUAUUAUGUAAAAGAUUUGUAUAAGAUUAUAUUUACUGCAUAUACGGGAAAAUGUAAAAAAAAUAUUACCUACCCACGAAACUAUGAAUGUAGUUUAGAUUUAAGAGAAAUAUAUUUAACCGUAUUUCUGUAUGAAAUUAUAUGUAGUUUUUAUGUGAAUGAUUGAAUAAUGGAUUUUGAUUA